AUGACCUUAUUUCCAAAGGCUCCCAAAGGGAUGCCUCUAGACUUUUACGAUGCGGAGUGGUACAACAGUAAACUUCCCGCCCAAAGGCAGGACCUAGCGAAUAUCGACGUAGUUGCUUUCCUGAAAAAUCCUAACGACUCCCUCCGCUUCAAAGACGCAGCUGAGAAGAUGGGGGACAAACGGUUUUCCGAAGAGCGCUGGGACGAAGCAACCAAGGAGUACAACUUAGACUUCAGAAUUCACGAGGAAACCGAAUCGGGUUCCGAAAAUGAUGAUGAUGGCGAUGGGACCAGCAUUGAUUUGGAACACACCAGUGGGGGCGAGGAUGAAGAAGAGGAUGAGGAAUAUGAGGAGGAGGAUGACGAUGAGCAAGAUGACGAUGUCCAGAUGCGAGAGGGGUGUAGCCGAGAUGUUGAUGAGAACUACGAAGAAUACAAUGACGAGGGUGAAACAAGGCUCGCUCAUUACGGAAAAGGCACUUACAACGGUGGAUUAGCUGACAGCGAGUGGAAUGCUUGGCAAUGA